AGGAAUGUCCUGGAGAUUCUUCAUGCCUGCUUUGGAAGUCCAGACUCCAGGAAAACUCAACUAAGUAGGAGCCCAAUUUGAAGGAAAGAAAUCUAAACAGAGUUGAGAGGUCAGGUCCUAGGAGACAGCCUCCACCCCCACCCCACUCCAGUCUGAGGUCUGCAGGUGCCUCAGACUAACAACGGUGCUUGCUUUAGGGGAAGGGGCUACCAGAAUCUUACCAACAGUCAGUCAGGUCGGAGGUGAAACAGCAGCUGCCCCCAAACAGGUCAUCGGAAAGAAGAAAAGCAACUGUUUUUAUUUUUGAAAGCCUUCUAAUGGUUCUUCGAGGCUGAUCAGCAGCCGCAAGCCCACAGCUUGGGAGGGCUUUUACUGAUACCUAGAAUGAAGCCACCCUCUUGUUAACCAUGGAGCGAGAACCCACGGUGCCCGGCAUCUAACCCUUCUCCAGCUCCUUUUCCAUGGCCAUAACACUAUGCUGCUCCAUCCCACCUAAGGCAGAAGGCGAGGAGCCCAGCUUUCCGUGGAAACUGGGGACAGCCACUGUGCUUUGCUGCUCCAAAGACCAAAGAGGCCUGACUUCUGGAAGACAGGGAAGGCGUGAGAAGUCUUCCUGGACUGAGAGCGGAGCAUAGUGUGGAGCAGAAGAGAACGCCAUCGAGAACUCAACCCAGACAGGUCCACCAUGGGCUUGCUGCAGGGCCUUCUCCAAGCGAGAAAGCUGCUAUUGGUCAUCUGUGUGCCACUGCUACUGCUGCCUCUGCCCACCAUCUACCCCACCAGUGAGGCUGCGUGUGCUUACGUGUUGCUCGUGACGGCUGUGUACUGGGUGUCCGAGGCGGUGCCUCUUGGAGCGGCGGCCCUUGUUCCUGCCUUCCUCUACCCAUUCUUCGGAGUUCUCCGCUCCAGUGAGGUGGCGGCCGAGUACUUCAAGAACACAACACUGCUGCUCGUGGGCGUCAUCUGCGUGGCGGCGGCUGUGGAGAAGUGGAAUUUGCACAAGCGCAUCGCCCUGCGUAUGGUCUUGAUGGCCGGAGCCAAGCCGGGCAUGCUCCUGCUCUGCUUCAUGUGCUGCACCACCAUGCUGUCCAUGUGGCUCUCCAACACCUCCACCACCGCCAUGGUGAUGCCCAUCGUGGAGGCCGUGCUGCAGGAGCUGAUCGACGCCGAGGAGGAGCAGCUGGUGCCAGGCAACUCCGGCACCGAGGAGGCUGAGCUCAUGGGUCUUGACGUAAACAAAAGGCAAACGUCUAUGGAGCUCAUCUUUGUCAAUGAAGACACAUCGGCUGCAGACUUCACGUCCCUGAUGCAGAACAAGAACCUGAAUGGUGUGCCCAUGGUCACCAAACCUGUCAAAACAGCAAACCAACAGCAACGUAAGAGGCAGCAUUCGGGACAGGAAAAGCCAGGAGUCCUGACCCCCAGCUCUAAGAACCCAGAACCGAACAGGAAGAAGUACAGAUCCCACCACGACCAAAUGAUCUGCAAGUGCCUCUCCCUGAGCAUAUCCUACGCCGCUACCAUUGGCGGCCUGACCACCAUUAUUGGCACGUCGACCAGCCUUAUUUUCCUAGAGCAUUUCAACAACCAGUAUCCGGCGGCAGAGGUGGUGAACUUCGGAACCUGGUUCCUCUUCAGCUUCCCCAUCUCGCUCAUCAUGCUGGUGGUCAGCUGGUUCUGGAUGCACUGGCUCUUCCUGGGCUGCAACUUCAAAGAGACCUGUUCUCUGAGCAAGAAGAAGAAGACCAAAAGGGAGGAGCUGUCAGAGAAGAGGAUCCGGGAGGAAUACGAGAAGCUGGGAGACAUUAGCUACCCUGAAAUGGUGACUGCAUUUUUCUUCAUCCUGAUGACAGUGCUGUGGUUUACCCGCGAGCCUGGCUUCGUCCCUGGCUGGGAUUCUUUCUUUGAAAAGAAAGGCUACCGCACUGAUGCCACCGUCUCUGUAUUCCUUGGCUUCCUGCUUUUCCUCAUUCCAGCAAAGAAGCCCUGCUUUGGGAAGAAGAGUGAUGGGGCAAGCCAGGAGCCCACCCAGGGGAUAGAGCCCAUCAUCACAUGGAAGGACUUCCAGAAAACUAUGCCCUGGGAGAUCGUCAUCCUGGUUGGAGGAGGCUAUGCCCUGGCUUCUGGCAGCAAGAGCUCUGGCCUCUCCACGUGGAUUGGACACCAGAUGCUGUCCCUGAGCAGCCUCCCACCAUGGGCUAUCACUCUGCUGGCGUGCGUCCUGGUGUCCAUUGUCACGGAGUUUGUCAGCAACCCAGCCACCAUCACCAUCUUCCUGCCCAUCCUGUGUACCCUGUCUGAGACAUUGCACAUCAAUCCACUAUACACACUGGUCCCCGUCACCAUGUCAAUCUCCUUCGCUGUGAUGUUGCCGGUGGGCAACCCCCCCAACGCCAUCGUCUUCAGCUAUGGACACUGCCAGAUCAAAGAUAUGGUGAAAGCUGGCCUAGGAGUCAAUGUCAUUGGCCUGGUGAUAGUGAUGGUGGCCAUCAAUACCUGGGGAGUUAGCCUCUUCCACUUGGACACGUUCCCAGCCUGGGCUAAGGUCAGCAACAUCACCGAUCAGACCUAACGCAAGUGGACAGGCGUUAGCAGAGUCACAGGCAAACAGAAACACCAGGAGCACACAGCCCAGGCCCACACGGGGGACAUCCCUGCCACCAGACGUGCUGGGCGUGUUUCCUUCCCAGCCUGCCUGCUUCCCUUAGCACUACUCUCAAGAAAGCCGACAUCUGCUCUCUCCCUGUGUCCAGCCUUAACACUUCCUGAAGACCAGAACCGCUGCAAGCCUUAGAUCCCUGAGGGGAGCCUCACUAACCGACUGGCCUCACCUGGCUUCAUGCUGCCUGUCAUGCUUUCCUAGGAAGCGGAGAGAGCAGAAACUCUGCCUACACAGACCAGGAGACCUGUGGCCUCUCUUCUGGGGGGCAAGGCUUAGUGUUCUCAAGCAUGUCUGUGACUAGAAAAUGGCAACUCCUGGGAGAGCCUCUUUGUGGCAAUCUGUACUUUGGUCAGUUUUAUUUGCCUUAAGUCUCUUUCUAGUGGUUCCCCUUUACCUGGGCACCAAAUUGCUGCAAAGAAAUAAUAUCCCCUUUAGAAAGAGGCUGGCCUUAUUCCAUCAAAGGAAAUAGGUGGUUAAAAAAAAAAAAGCAUUGUGGGAUCCGCAUCUCUAUGCACUAUCAUUAACUGAAACGCCGUUGCCUUGUGAGUAUGGUGAGGGAGAAGAAAGUUCACAUUAGGGAGACCAGAACUCCAGUUAAGACCACAGUAUUAUUGAUAUACACUUGCUUCUCCAUGUAAUGACCAGCUUGUUUCUGAGAACACCAAGUCCUAAGUAGUCCCAAAGUCCCUGCCAGUCCCAUGCAUCCCUGAGCCCUACAAGGGGAAGAUGUGUCUUGGGUUCUUUACAAUGUAUUAAACUCUAACUGCUUAAUAAAUGUUUCUGAUGGGAAAAAAAUCACUUCAAA